AUGAAUUACUAUAUGGAAAGCCAAUUGUAAAAAAUGAGUUAAUUACUUGAAUAAAAGUAAUCAGAGAUCAAUAAAUUGAAAGCAUAAGUAGAAAAAUAUUCAAAUUAUGAAUCGUAAAAAUACCUCUUAUUUCAGAUAACUAGAACAAUUAAACUAGUGUAUUAUGUAGUUAAAUUACUAAUUUUAAUAACAAGAAUAGACUCAUAAAGAGUAAAUUUAUUUAAUGCAAAGAGAGUUAUCAUUUACACAAGAUGAAAUAAAAAAUUUACAAGUAUUCAUUUUAAUGUUUUUAUUAGAGAACAAGGGGUUAAAAUGAAUAAUAAUAAAUAUCUUCACUUCUUAAGGAGUUGUCUGAAUAUAAAUAAGAGAACAAUCAAUUAAAAGUAGAAUUAUCAAAGUAUUAAUAAAAACCUAGGACUAAUUCUAUUCAAGAUAACAAUAAUAAUGAAAUAAGAGUAAAGAUAUAGAAUUAAAUAAUUAUAUAGAGAUUAUCUCCUUACAUGAGAGUUAAUAAUUGUAGCUUUACAAGUCCUUCUUACAAUCUUGUUAAAGAAAGAAGAGUUCCAUCACUUCCUGAUGUUAACUCAAAUCGAUUAUCUAUUAAUAAGACUACUAUAUACAAUAUAUAAUAGAAUUAAUCUUUUUCCAAGAAACCUCCUCUUUAAUAGAUGCAUAAUAUCAGUCCUAGUAAGUAAAUACUCUUUGUUCGUCAAUGA